AUGCAUGUGCGUAUGCGCGGGUCGAACGUGAGUGGUAGCGCGCGCAGAAGCACUCCAUCGUCCUCCGUGGAGCCACCCGCGACGGCAGCAGCAGCAGCUGGUCGGGACAGCAGUGUCCUUGUAAAUCGAGGCCACGGCGUUGUAGGCGACGCCGCGCGUCACAUCUACUGCGCUGCCGGGAUGGACCGCAUCAACGCGACUCCGCUCGCCAGCGCAGCCGCGCCUCCCUUUCCGUGGUCAUCCAAGUCCUUCGUCACGAGCCACGGCGCUCACGCCGAUGCGGCUGCGCGGGACGCCAACGCAGCGGUGUCGACAGGGUCGAUUCUCCAAGACAGCGAUGUGGUUCUGGGCACCACACCGGACACGCACAGGCGCUCGCGCCACAUGGCGUCCCCGUCGCAGCACCCGGGCGACUCGUCGCUGGUGUUCGCCAUGAGCGAGGACAGUGAGCUGAAGGUGCUGGCGAGCGGCGUCAGUCCCUCGACCGCGCUGCCCCCAGCGACAUGCACCUCCUCAUCAAAUGCCAUUCACCCCCCUCUGCCGCACUCUUCACAGUGCACCGUAGGCCACAGCCGCACCGCACGCACCCAGGUGCCUAUGGCUGGCAAUAUCGGCGAGGGUGACUGCGGCGUCUACGCGGUGAACCGGCGCGGCAACCAACACAACAGGCACGGAAUUGCCGGCGCAACAUUGGCGGAUUACAACGCUGUGGCAGACAUGGGGCAUCUCAUGCCCCACACCCCAAGCGUGCGUCGUCAGAGCGACGUCGACGUUGUCGUACCAGGCGGUCUGCACGAGGCGGCCAUUCGGAAGCCGUUUGUGCAGUUGUCGCACCAGCAGCUGGGUGGCAGUAUUCGAGGCGCAGCAGCGACGACAGCAGGUGUGCCGAGCAGCGCCGGUUCCGCCGCUGCCCCGGCAUACCGCACAAGUCCCCAUGAGGUGCGAACACCGCCCGCGCUGCAGGUCUUCACCGGCGUUGCUCCUGGCGUUCACAAGGUGCGUGGAACAACAGCGGCCACCACCGCCCCCGCCGCAACAGCAGCUCCUACUCCUCUUCAUACUGGUGCGGGUGCACGGUGGCCGCAACGGCAGAUGCCCUCCGUCUCCCUGUACUCGGCAGGUGGUGGCGGUGCGGUAUUUGUGCACGGCGCGAGCCGGACCUCCUCUUCCACGGCCGCGCUGCACGCCACCGCUGGCAGCGACCAGCUAGUGCAACAGCAACCGGCGCAGCUGCUGCAGCAACAGCCUCCCUCUGCUGGUGUCAGCAACGCGGCAGACGCGCGCUCGCAGCACAGCGGGACGCCACCGCCGCCGGCCUCGCAACCGCUGGACAAGAACUUUACAGAGGCCCAGCGUCUGGCCGUCCUGGAGGAGGUACAGCAGGAACUGUACCUGAACUACACAGCAGUGCCAGUGCCGGCCAACAUGAUCAACGCAGGCGACACCGACGAACGCCGCCGUCGGCUGGACCAGCGCCGCAAACAGAUCGUAUAUGGAAAGGAAACGGAGGGCUACCUCAAAUACACCUCCAUGAUACCCCGCCCGUGUGACCGGGAGUACCACAACCCGCUGCACGCCAUCACGCCGCGCCCCGAAUACGACUGUAGCAAGCGCCAGUUCGAUCGCGUCCUGAACGCGUGGCGUCGGCAGCUGCAUCAAUGGGACGACUACGACGUGGACAACAUCGAUGAGCGCUUCUUUCCCCUUGGUAAGGCCUCGCUGCUAGACUUGGGACUAUGCCAUCCCCUGGCAAACCACACGCCAACGACCGCCGCCGCAGCAGCAGCAGCACCAGGCGCCACUGCGCCGCCGCCUGGAAAGCCGCCGCAGGCGCCGCCUGCCGGCGUGAUGCACUCCAUUGCCAACGUCGCGGCCAUGGCGAACAGCGUUCACGGCGAUGACGGUGCCAUGCAAUGUCACUCGCGCAGCCCUGUCUUCACCGAGAACAGUCCGACCUCAGGGCUGUACUCGUCCGCCAGUCUCAGCAUGCACAUCAGCUCGGGCCGCGCCGCCUCCAUGGCGGCCGCGUGCACCCCGUCGCGCCCGCAGCUGUCCGAGGGGGCCGAUGGUCCGAAGGUGGACGAGUCGUUUUUCUUCCACAUGAACUCUGGCAACAGCCGUAUCGCGUCGCCGUUCCAUCCCACCUACUCCGGAACCGGCCACAUGGCCCAUGGCGGCGGAAAUGGGCGGAGCAGCGCCAACUCGCACUACCAGCAGCUCAUCAUGCGCAACAGCGCCGCGUACGCGCACAACAGCGCAAACAGUGGUACCCCCGGCAGCAGUUGCACGAAUUACACAGGUCUUACUCCAGCACAUCGCCCGGCCAGCCGCGGCGGCAUGCCGCACCACAUUACAGCCAUCUUCGGCAGCGAGUAUGAGCUGAUGACGCCGUCAGGCCUCGCCUCGCCUGCUGGCAUGCCGCACAACCCCCGAAACGGCAGCAGCCCGUACCCGCUCGGUGAGCCGUGGAUGCCGAACCGGCGCAGUCCGACAUGUGUCGUGGGAACCACUCACAGCUUUGGUUGUCACCACCCCUCGGCCGCCGCUCUGAGUGGAGUGACCGCUUCGAACGGCAGUGGCACGGCGAUGAUGGUGGGCGGGGGGCGGGGCGAGUCCCCGCCGCACACGACAGAGAUGGCGCUGAUCCCGAGCACGUCGCUCUCCAACGGAAGCGGCUUUGCGCAGUCGCCGUACAGCUACCGCGUCCACUCGCCUAUUCAGCCCCAGGGUGCACCGCCGCAGACCACCAACACCUAUGUCACGCCCCUCACGCGCCAGCAAAGCCGGCCGAGCUUGAGCGGGUAUACGAACGCCGUUUCCGCUGCUGCCGGCAUUCACCACCAACAGCAUCAGUCGAACAGCUCAAGUAGUGCUCGAGUCGGGCCCCCACAGCAGCAACAGCCACGAGUGGCCAUCGCCACUGGCACUGCCGCCGCCGCUGCCUCACGUUCCGCGCGUGGGAGUAGCGUGAGCGGGUUACCAACGAGCUAG